AUGAGUUCUCCAAUUGAGAUGCUGGUGGAGAUGUUCUUCCUGGCCAACUCCUAUCCGACACUCCGUGUUGGCUGCAGACUCAUAGGAAUCAUUGCUGCUGCCUACCUUCUCCAAUGUGGCGGUCAGAGACUGUUUGGAGAGAGCAUCCUGGGCCUGACGCAGGGAUCGGUGUCAGAUCUGCUGUCGAGACCCAAGCCCUGGCACAAGCUCAGCCUCAAAGGUCGCGAGCCCUUCGUCCGCAUGCAGCUCUGGCUGAACGAUCCGCACAACGUGGAGAAACUGCGUGACAUGAAAAAGAUGGAAAAGAAAGCCUACCUAAAACGGCGCUACGGUCUCUUGAGCACGGGUUCUGACAGCGACUCCCCCAGCACCCGAUCCGACUGUGUCAGCCCAAGCAUUCUGCCAGGAGACCUCUGCCACUUUGGCCAGGUGAAGAAGCCGCGCGUAGUCCUUGCGGCUGAAGAGAAGGAGGCCCUCAAGAAGGCCUAUCUGCUGGAGCCUUAUCCCUCCCAGCACACCAUCGAGUUACUGGCCACCCAGCUCAGCCUCAAGACCAACACCGUCAUCAACUGGUUCCAUAACUACAGAUCCCGCAUGAGGAGGGAGGUGCUCGUUGAGGGAAUGCAGGACAACGACACCGACGCGGAGCCAGGCAACUACAGCAGCAGGUACUCCCACGGGACGCCCACUCCCCAAACCCCAGACUCGGACACCGAGGACAGGAAGCCAGUGUUCCCCGUGCACGGAGAAAGUUACCCCGCCAUCCCCUCCCAGAGGCCGAGCUCGGUGCAAGUCAAGCAGGAGACUCCAGACGAGAAGGAAGGGCAGGACGAGGAAGAGGAGGAGGAGGUGCAUUGCAGUCGGCAGUGCGUCUCGACCGGAGUGCAGUUUUCGAACCAACUGAAGAGUGAGAGUGAGGAGGAGGAGGAGGAGGCUGGCCCCAAGGAGGACUCCCACACGCAGGCCUGUCCCAAGAGUCAGCACCAGAAGAACGCAACCACCAGCGAGCUCCAGUCACGACUGUGCCAGACAGGCACGGGAGGCCCAGAAACGGACGCAUCUGAGACACCAGUCUUGGACCCAGUCAGCUUCAAAGCAGCCUCUGAACCUUCUCGCAGCAGCCUGGAGGUGUCGCUCAACUCGCCGUCAGCAGCCUCCUCCCCUGGACUCAUGAUGUCUGUCUCCCCUAUCCCGUCCUUCUCGGCGCCUAUAUCCCCCUCUCCACCCAGCACCACCACCACGGCCGGUGUGCCGAGCUCCGACUCCCAGGUGCCACCACAGAACUCCAAGCUGAAGAAGAGCACGCAGAGGCGCAACGAGAAGAUGGCCAACUUGAACAAUAUCAUUCACCGGCUAGAGAAAGCGGCCAAUCGCGAGGAGACGCUGGAGUGGGAGUUUUGAAGGCCGCUGCGUCUGCUUCUCUUUUCUCUUUCUCUUUCUCCUUUGGCCGAGAAGAAAGCAAAUUCUCUCAGAGAAGCCUCCAUGCGCUCGGACUCGAAGGGUCUCGAAGGUCGGCCGUCGGCAAGGAGUUUAAACAAACGAUAAAAAAAAAGAGACCUCCCUCUCCUGUUCCUCGUUUUAACACUAAAGGAUACUACUGAAGAUUAAUUUUAGAAGAACAAAUUAUUUAUAAACUCGUUUUAGGUAUUUUAAUAAAGGAUUUUACUUGUACGGGAAAAAAAAAUAUUUAACAGCCCUAGCUGUUUUGUUUUAAGAAAUGAGAAAUUUAAAAAAACAAAAAAAAAAACUUCACCUUGGAGACUUUUGCAGCCGAUGUGUCAUAAAAUGCACACGUGAGUCCUGUCGUUUGCCACUGGAUGAGAUUAAAACGUUUAAAAAAAAAAAAAGACGUUUAUUGAAAAAGCCAUCUACAAAGCACUAUACUUCUUUAAAAAAAAAAAAAAAA